AUGUCUGAAGCUCUUGAUCUGUCCAUGCUGAAGGGAACUCCCGAGCAAAGGGAGCAAAUCUCUGCUGAGCUGCUCCAUGGCCUUAAGACUCGGGGCGGAGUCAAGUUGAAGAACCACGGUCUUCCGGACGAACUCGUUCAUGAAUUAUUUGACUGGACUCGCAAGUUUUUCGCCCUUCCCCAUGAAGACAAAAUGCUCGCCAAGCACCCUCCCGAGGCAAACCCCAACCGCGGAUAUUGCUACGUUGGACAGGAGUCCAUCUCGAGUAUCAGUGGUUACGAGAAAGGACUUCCGCAGGGGCGUUUCGUUCGUGACAUCAAGGAAACAGUCGACUUCGGCUCGCCCCGUGAUGAAUUGGUAGACAACAUCUGGGUACCAGAGGAGAAGCUCCCGGGCUUCCGCAAGUUUAUGGAAGAUUUCUACGAAAUCUGUUUCAAGCUCGAGGUCGAGAUUCUUGCUGCUCUUGCCAAGGCUCUCGGUGUCGACGAAAAGCAAAUGGUAGCAUUGCACAACAAAGCCGAGAACGAGUUCCGCAUCCUUCACUACCCAGAGGUUCCCGCAACAGAAUUGGCUGACGGCACCGCGACACGUAUUGCCGAGCACACCGACUUUGGCAGCAUUACCAUGCUAUUCCAGGACUCUGUUGGCGGCCUUCAGGUCGAGGAUCAGCAAAAUCCAGGUGUCUUCCGCGGCAUCGAGUCAGCAGACAAGACAGAGAUCAUUCUGAACAUUGGCGACUCGAUGCAGCGACUGACAAACGACACUUUCCGUGCUGCGUGCCACCGCGUCACCUACCCGCCUUCUGUUAAGGUUGGUUCGGAAUCAGUAAUUCCUGAACGGUACUCGAUCGCAUACUUUGCGAAACCGAACCGCUCGGCAUCGCUGUUCCCGUUCAAGGAGUUCAUCACACCUUCAACGCCUUGCCGGUAUGAGGAUAUCAACGCAUGGGAUUUCCAGAACCAUCGCAUCUCCAGACUGUUUAAAUGA